UAUGGCGAUUAAAAAGAUAUAUAAACUGGAUUGAAAUGAAAUAUUGUUAGAUUUGCAUUUCAUUAACCAUGAAGUAUCUCACAGUAAUUGUUGGAAUUAUAGCUCUCUUGGCAGUUUGCCAAGCUAUUGAUUCUUCUACAACUGAAGCAUCAGAUGAAACAACUGUAGCAGCUGCUAGUGAAAGUUCCACGGAAAGUGCCAGUGAGAGUAGUUCGGAAAGUGCAAGUGAAAGUAGUUCGGAAAGUGCAAGUGAAAGUAGUUCGGAAAGUGCCAGCGAGAGUAACUCGGAAAGUACCAGUGAGAGUAAUUCGGAAAGUUCCAGCGAGAGUAACUCGGAAAGUACCACUGAGAGCAAUUCGGAAAGUACUAGUGAAAGUAACUCAGAAAGUUCAACUGAAAAUAACUCGCAAAAUAAUCUAGAGGAAAAAGAAAAUAGACCAAGACCACCACUACCACUAUUACCAUUUCCAUUACCACCAUUUAAGCCAGGACAUCAUCAUCAUCAUGGAAAACCAGAUGAUCAUGGUAGACACGAAAGACCUAGAGGGCCACCAGUUUUCGGAGGAUUUGGUGGUCCAAUUACUGGACAAGGUUUAUUUGGUCGUCUAGGAAAUCAAGGAGGUUUUGGUAGCGCUAUUAGACCAGGUGGAUUUGGUCGUUUUGGAAAUCAAGGAGCUUUUGGUGGUCCUGGAAGACUAGGCUUCGGUUUUGGUGGACCUGGUAGAUAAACUGUUAUGGUUUUUCUAAAGAAAGCAUUAAUGUAUUUGUUUUUAAAAUUUUAUUCAAUAUAUUUUAAUAAAUAACUUGCUGCAAUCAAAAAAUGCAA